CUGCGUUGGCCUUUACUAGAAAUUUUUUAACGUCUCAACUGGUUUCAACAUUUAAAGAGUAAUCACCAAUUAAAAGUGUCGUAAAUUGUCGUAAAGUUUAAACAUUGGGCAAAAAUGUUGACAUUUUGUGUGUAACUGGAAAAAUGAGUUUUCAAAAUUGCAGACUUGGUGAAAGUUCAUUAAAAGAGAUAAAAGAUUUCAUAUCUGACAAAAAUAUUAAUUUUAAUCCUGCAUGGUUUUCAAUUAUUGGAAAACCACUGUACCAGAAAAAUGAGAGUCACCAGGACAAACUACAUCUUGAAAAUGGACAUAACUUAAUCACUUCAGAUGAUGACGAUGUGAAUAAUGAAAAUCAGUUUUUUUUCACUCAAGCAGAAAAUGUUGUACAUUUAGAAAAAACAUCAAUCAAUUUGCCUGUAGAAGAUCUCAUAAAAUGUUCCAUUGAGUCUUUGGAACAUUCAAAUGGUCGACUUAAUUUUCUGCAUUUGAAAGCUUUAUCGGAUGAAGAUUUAUCAAAAGUUUUUGGAGCUUUCAAAGAGCAUCUAAGUGAAAAUGGAGUGUUUAAUUUGUGUUACUCUGUUUGUAGUAUGACUAUUGAACAAAGUCAGACCUUUUUACCUGCAUUGUCCAUUCAUUUUUUAUUACCAAAGAUUACCGAAUUAGAAAAUGACUCUGUUUUAAUCAAGAAAGGAAUCUGCGACUGGGCACUUAAAUUUCCCAAUGAACUUCGACAGUUAGUCUUAACUGAGAUUCUGAAUAGCGAACCAAAAAGUAUAAAUACUAUUGUAGCAUUGUUAAAAAUUUUUGCCAAUCAAAAAGAUACAUCUUUUUUAUUAGAAUUUGCAGACCGUACACGAGAACUAAAGCAGUGGCAUAUUUUUAUAUUGAAUAUGUUUCCAGUAGUUCGAUUAGAAGGAUGCUCAAGAAAUAAGCUUUUGAAAUUGUUCAUAAGGAAAUCCAAUACUUUCUCAGAUAAUAAAGAUUAUGCUAAAUUAAUACACUCUUUUGCAAAGACUAACGCACCGUUUACAGAGGAGGAAAGGUCAAUGUUAGCAGAAAUUGCAACUUUAAACAGAACAAUAUAUAAGAAUCUCAUUUCGAAAUAUUCGAAUUCAUGUUAAAAGUGACAAUAAUAUAUUUUUAACGCAUUUCAAUAAAAUAAAUUGUUACAAAAUACAAAA